AACACUUUCUAUUAUGAAGAUGGGUUAGAGAAUGUCUUCAACGAGAAUGGAGAGAAAGUUGUAGACCCCAUGGAGGGUAUAUUGACAGAUAUCAUUGAUCCAAGCAUAAUUCUCACCACAAUAACGAGCCAACAAGCUGCCUAUCUGGCUGCUAAACCAGAAGACAUCAAGUAUACCGAAAUGGAAGAAGGACCUGACAAUAAGGUCAAAUUAGCGAAGGCACCAGUUAAUAGUACAUACAGAAACUACGACGACCACAUGAGAGAGGAGUUCAUCGACCGAAUGAUCGAAGGUCCUGUCAAAAGAGGAAGAUUAAGGUAUCAUCGUAUGAGUACCUUUUCGGAACAUUGCCCCCUUCUUCCAAUCAAGACCCGCUGCAGUUAA